AUGGCGCCGCAGCUGUCAGAAGUUUCGACAAGCCCUCUGCCCACCUUCACUCCGGCCCUGAAGCCACCGCCCGGAGUCGUCUCGAGUCCUGACCAUCCAGCUUCGUUGGCGUAUCUUGCUGACAUCACCAUCGGGAUAUGCAUUCCACUGGUUACGGUCUUUUUUCUUUUGCGGACCUAUGUCCGCAUCUUCAUCAAGCGCGUUUGGGUGUUUGAGGAUGCGCUGGUGACCACGGCCUGGGCCGGCACCGUUGCCUACUGCGGCAUCAUGAGAGCCACCAUGUCCCAUCAUGGAGGCCAGCAUGGCUGGGACAUCACCAUCGACGACGUCCACCAGGCCGCGUACUGGUUCAACGUUGCCGCCAUCGAAUACGGCGUCAUGAUUGGCGUCACCAAGCUUGCGGUCCUCUGGCUUUACCGCCGCGUCUUCUCGCCCAUCCGCUGGAGCAAGUUUGACAUGACAAUCGUCACGCUCAUUGUCAUUAUUUUUGGAUUCUACAGCACCACGUCUCUGGUGAAGAUAUUCGAAUGCAACCCGCGCGCAAGGAUUUGGAACCCCUCGGUACCCGGCAAAUGUGUCGACAUACACAUCAUAUUGAACGUGAGUGGUGCUUUCAACACGGUGACGGAUUACUUGAUCCUAUUGCUGCCGAUCCACGCCGUACGGAAGCUUCAGAUGGACCGGUUCAAGAGAGUCCUCGUGGUACUCGCCUUUACGUUCGGCCUAUGCGCCCCGAUCUUUGCGACAAUUGGCUUUGUUGUCCGCCUCAGGAACAGCGGCAAUCCGGAUACGUCGUGGAAACAGCCCGAGAUCCUCCUUUGGGGCGCGGCAGAACUCGCCUCGGGCAACUUGUGCGUUUGCUUCCCCGAACUUGCCGUCCUCUUCCGCAAGAAGAAUCGCACGCGCAGUGGCCCUCGUCGACCGACAGACUCGCAACUCAAAGAGUCUCAAGAGCUGAACCAUGGGAGAAGAGCGCCGUCGGAUCCCUACUUUACCAAGAGUCUCAUGAGCACCGUGUUUAGCACAGACGGCGAUGCACAGUAUGUCGAGCUGCAAGACCAACCCAACUACAAAGCGACCCCUACCAGGCCAUACCGUUGA